AAAACACAGUUAAACCUUAAAUUACCUCGACGACCGCAAUUCCUUCUGCGUAGAGUUUAUUUGUAUUUCAUUUUUUUGGAGAGGUUUUUCUUUCAUUUUUUUGGGCGACCCAUACGUACAAGUCGUGACGUCAUUACGCCGAAUGAAAAGGAUUGUGGGUAAAAGGAAAACCGUUGUUUACCAUGGCGACGGGGACGCUGCCGUUCGUAGUUAGCAGACACAAAGUUCCUCUAACGUGUUUUCUUUUAAUGUGUGUGGAUUUACUUCACUGUCAGCAGUUUACUAUUCCAUUCAAGGCUCCUUCAGAUUGUGGCGCGGAAGAAUACUUCGACAUUUCGAGCUUGUCGUGUGUGAGGUGCGGUCAAAAUCAGCUCCGGAGCACAACAGGAUUGACCUGUAUUUGCAAAACCGGAUACCGGAGUAUCAUCACUGAGAAGGCGUCCAUUAGUUGUGAGCAAUGCCCCUCUGACAAGCCUGCAGUGACAACAGACGGGUUUGGGUGUAUUCGCUGCCCAGGCAGUCUCAGUGAUGAGGGCAAGUGCCUGUGCCCACCAUCCAAUGUCCUGGUGGAGAGAAACAUCAGUGGAAACCUUUUGGAAGAGGCCAGGUGUGAAACCUGUAAUGGAAACAUCUCUGCUUUUUCUGUACCCAGCAGCAGUGGAGACAGGUGUGAGAGAUGUCAGGCCUCCUUCAUUAACACCUCCUGUAUGUGUAACCCGCCUAAUGUCCUGGCAGGAGGAUUAUGUUUCCCUCCAGGCACCCUCCCCACAAAUGUGAAUCCCGGUGUCAGCUAUUCCCAGUUGAAGUUCAGUGUCCAGUCUGCCUGGUUUGUGAAAAACCUCUACUCCUCAUCAGCGGCCUGCCUUGUCUUUUCCAACCUCACGGCGUGCCAGGCUCUUGGGAACAUGUGUGUGAUGAACAUGCACUCCUUUAGCGGCGUGUCCAACGAUGCCUGUGGUCUUUUUAACUCCAUCUUCAGAGCAAGGGCUGCUGUGAGCUCAACUCAAGACAUUUCCUACUGGAGAGCUAAUCUGCCAUGGCUGUACUAUGGGGACGAACCAGGACUGGCCAGUCGAGUGCUUCAGACUGAUCCAAUCCCUAUUGGAUUCAGUUUUAGAGGGAGAAACAAGAACACUGACAUUAAGCUGCUUGCAGCAGUCUAUAAUGUCAGAGGAGAGUUCCUCAGAUGGGAACAAAUAGGAGGAGAUAAUCUCCAGCUUUGUCCAGAAACGGCAACCAAACAGGCAGCAGCCUACAGCUUUGGAACUGCUUACAAAGAAAGUUGUGAUCUCUCAGUAGCAGAGCUGUUGGUUACCCAUCCCGAGCCGCUGUUCUACGAUGUGUUUAUGGAUCUUGGUGGAGAAGAGGACAGAAAACUUCUCCCCCUGCCCACACUAGUGUAUAACCAGCAAUACAAUGGACGGUUCAUCAACCAAGAGAGCAUGAAGAACUGGUACCUGUCUCGACGUAUGUUUCUUGUCGACACUCUGGGUGGAAGAGAGAAGAGUGUGAGCUCCCAGCCUAAAGUCAUCCGAGUCGCCAGCAGUGUUAAAAUCAAGUUCCAGCUGGUUCCACGGACCCUGGAAGGACAAGUAUUUCCCCCUCUGAUGAUUGUGACUUACACAGAUGUUCCCAUCACAGAUGUUAAUACACAAACUGUGUCUACGACGUUUUCUAUGGAAUAUGAGAUGGAUCAGAGCGAGGCUCGCGUAAAGACAGAUACCGCUCUGGGUGUGUUGGGAGGUGUGGCCGUGCUUUACUCUCUGCUGAAGACGGUCAGCUGGAAGAGAAGGAUCGCCUCCCCGCUCAUUGAUGCGGGGACAAUGCUGAAGUUUUUGCUGUUUUACGCUGGAGAUCUGGCCAAUGUUUUCUUUGCCGUCACUGUGGGAACUGGGCUUUACUGGCUCAUCUUCUACAAGGCCCAACAGUUUGUAUCGGUGCUGUUACCACUGCCUGCUCAGGAGGAAAAGUUUGUGACAUACAUUGGUUGUGCCUUCACUCUUAAGGCUGUCCAGUUUCUCCACAAGCUGAUGCUUCAGGUGUCAGUCGACGUAUUCCUUAUUGACUGGGAGAGGCCACGGAGCAAAGCUAACAGAACUGUGCAAGCUACUGGUGAGCCAAAACGUGACCCGUCUCCAGUCAGCAUCUGGAGAACCUACUUUGUAGCCAACGAAUGGAACGAGAUCCAGGCCAUCCGCAAGAUCAGCCCGACCUUUCAGAUCAUGGCUGUGCUCUUUUUUCUUGAAGUGCUGGGUUUCUCUAACUUGGCCCUGAGGGACCCCUGGCCAACUCUGGUCCGCUCCUCACAGGCGUACACCCCUUCAUACAGCCUGACACUGCGCUACGGUCUGGCAGCUACGCUGUGGCUCUGCAUCGGACUUCUGCAGGUGAUUUUCUUCACUGUGUUUUAUGAGCACUUUGUGGAGGACAAAAUCCGUCAGUUUGUAGAUCUCUGCUCCAUCAGUAAUAUCUCUGUGCUGCUGUUAUCUCAGCGUUGUUUUGGCUAUUACAUCCAUGGGCGUUCAGUACACGGCCAUGCAGAUACAAACAUGGAGGAAAUGAACAACAAUCUGAAAAGAGAAGCUGAGUCCCUGUGUGGUCAAAGAGGGCUUCUUCCGAACACGGACGUCCAGACCUUCCAGGUGUCUCUAACCAAUCGUCUGCGGUCACAGUAUGACAGGAUACGUGAGCCACUCAGCAGGAGGAAUGGCCCAUCGCGUCUGAUUGAUGCAUCGACGGCCAACCCGUUUGAGCAGAACACCAGAGCCUACCACACCAUGAACCACUUCCUGGGAUCCAUUAUAGACCAUGCCCACCCUGACAUGGAUUAUAUAGUGAAGGACAAGCUGAUGUUUGAGAGGGUCAUAGGAAUGGAGUUUCUUGAACCCAGUGAAAAAAGCAUAUUUUACAACGAUGAGGCCCACUCCUUCAGUGACGUGCUGUUUUAUGGAAAUGAGGCCACACUGCUGAUCUUUGACACCCUGUUCUUCUGUGUCGUCGACCUCGGAAGUCAGAGUUUUGUACUUGCAGCUGUUCUUACAUACGUACAGCAAAUGAUAUUUCGCUUGAUCCGUAACUUCUUCGGGAGGAAGAACCUCAUCAACAAGACUUUGGUGGACGAGAGAUUUCUGAUAUAAAAUUCCCUGCAGAGUAAUUGCUAGUGCCAGUGUGGUUUAGUGGCAUUUUUCUCAAACAUGUUUUUCAGUUCACAGCUUGUGCAGCUAUUUUUGUACUUUUCUUUACAUGUACAGUUUUUUCCAAUGCUGUUUUAUGAUGUAAAUAUCAUAAUUUUUUUUAAAGAUUUUGAACUUUAUAUUGAUUAAAAUGUUUUGAUAUGAAGACAA